UCAAUUUCAUCAGCUCCACUACAAAUUUUCUGACAACCAUUUAUUAGAAUAAAUUUGAAGUUCCUCAAAACUUAUAUAUACCCUAAUGUACAUCUUUCUAUUCAUCACCAACAACAAUUCAAGCAAUUAUCUCUGAGAGAUACAACAUAUCCAAUCUCUUAUAAUCUGUCCUCUUUGCUUAAUUAGCAUUUAAACCCGAAAUGGCCAAGUUUUUCUCCCUUCCCACCAUUUGUAUACUACUACUAUCCCUCACUCUAGGUCUUGCCAACUCUGCUCGAAUCCUCGACCAAAUGAGCUCUCAGUUUACUCCUGCAGAUGAACUACCAAGUCUACCACCAAUGGAUGAUUCCAGUUCUACAACUGUUUUACCAAGCGGCCAAGCUCCUGCUGUUGCGACAGAAGCUCCAGCUGCUGCUGCAGAAACUCCAGAUGCUGCAGCAGAAGCUCCUGUUGAAGAGGUUGCAACCCCGGAUAAUCAACCUGAUCAGCCUCAACCAGACUCUACAACUACUGCUGCAGCUACCCCUGAGGAAGCUCCUGCAGCAUCUGCUGCACAGGGUGGUGCUGGAGGCGGAGCUGAGCAGCCCGGACAUCCUGCUAUAUCCUUCUUCAUGCAUGAUGUUCUAGGCGGGUCAAGUGCCUCAGGCAGGAUUGUCACUGGUCUAAUUGCCUCCAGCGAUGUCAAUGGAAUCCCAUUCUCACAGCCAAACAACCAAGUGUUCCCAGUCUCCAACGGAAUACCCCUCAUGAACAAUGGCAAUCUCAAUAACGUCCUCAACAAUAACAAUGUCCCCUCCUUUGCAGGACUUAACGGUCAGAACCAACAACAAGUCGUCCAAAAUGCUGGCAACAACAAUGUUGUAAACGGUGGCAACAACAACCAGGCCGCAUUUGUCAAUCCUGGACAGCUUCCCUCUGGUACAACCCUCCAGAAGCUGCUGUUUGGUUCCAUCACAGUCAUUGACGACGAGCUCACUGAGGGCCAUGAGCUCGGGUCUGGCGUCAUGGGCAGAGGCCAAGGCUUCUACCUUGCUAGCUCCCUUGACGGAGAAAGUCACACCAUGGCCUUCACCGCAAUCUUCCAUGGUGAGGGUCAUGAACAAGAAACCGAUGACACCAUCAGCUUCUUCGGUGUCCACCGGACUGCCUCUCCGAUUUCUCAGAUGGCUGUCAUCGGUGGAACAGGUAAGUAUGAGAAUGCUAAGGGAUAUACUACUAUUGAGACUAUCCCUGAUCAGAACCAGCACACUACUGACGGUGUUGACACCGUUGCUCAUUUUAGUGUUUACCUUAACUAGGUAUGACUGCAGAGUCCUGAAAUCUAAACUUGUGUAAUUUGAUGCUUGUGCUCUUUUUUUUUUUUUUUUUUUGGUUUAAGUUGGAGUUUCAUUCACUUUGUUGUACGUAUUAUGUAUGUAUAAUUAAGCCAUGUAAGUUAAUCAGAAAUUAUGUACUUAAUGCAAAUGAGUUUCUUGGAUUUACCUUCUUCUUUCUGUAUUUCCUGAUAUGACAUGCAAAACAUUCUGCCAAAGAUCAAUUUUUCAA